AUGGAGUGGUCAAAAGACAAAACUUUGAAAUUGAUCGAAUUGCUUCAGUUGAAUGCUAAUAUAUGGAAUCCAUCGCUUUGUGAUACACGUAGAGAUAAACAAAAACGGAAAGAGGAAUUACGUGGGAUAGCCGAUGUUCUUGGGAUUUCAGUUUCUGACGCCACAAAAAAGAUACAGCAUCUCCGAACUCAGUAUAACAGAGAGUCUGCGCGGGAAGCUCGAGCUAACUCGGAGGGGCCUAAUGAAAGAUAUGUGAGCAACUGGUACGCAUACGAAUAUUUGCAUUUUAUGAAGGAUUCUAACAAACCAUACAGAGUUUUACAAUCGGAAGAUAAUUCUGAAAUUCACAGCACUCUACAAUCACACUCUGACAGCUCUGUGGCAGACUGUAAGCUUGAUAAUAUUUCCCCGCCACCUAAAAUAGCCAGAACAGAAUUGUUACAUUCCUUCAAAUCAGACAUAGUGUACCCUUCCUCAAACAGAGAUGAGUUCACAGUGUUCGGUGAAUACAUAGCAAACGAAUUGAGAUCGCUGAAAGGAGAAAAGAAUUUAUUGCUCGCUAAAAAGAAAAUCCAGGAUGUUAUAUUUGAAGUUAAAAUGAGUAUGAUAAAUGACCCUCGAUCUGAUCAGAACCCUUGUGCUGUUUAUGCACCAUCAACACAAGCUCAUGCAUCAAGUAUACACAACGGUAAACUUUAUAGUACACCAAUAAUGAGUACCAUAGCUAGUAUAGAGCCCUUGUCGUCUUCACACACCCCACCGACCUCCGGCAUCAGUGAGAUUAUAAUCAACGGAGCCUGUCAUUACUCAACAUUCAAAGUGGACGAACAAUAG